CCGCCUACUCUCUCUCUCUCUCUACCCAUGGAUUUCGUUUAUUAAGCUCCCCCUUUACCCAACCCACGCCCUAAGCUUCUCUCUCUCUCUCUCUCUCUCUCUCUCUCUCUCUUGCUUUCCUCCUCUCUUCUUGUAGCAAAAUUCAAGUGCGGAAAUCAAGAAAAGUUGAAGACAGAAUGAAACAGAGCAAAAUAAGUUGUUUCACAGAGGAAGAGAUUGGAGUGGCAGGGAUUUUACUCGAUUUGGGAAAUUCAGUUGUUGGAUCAGAAUCAAGACACAAUCUCUUAUGGGGUAGUAAAAGGAGGAGAUCUACUCGGGAUGCUCCGGCUCCUGCACCCGUAUCAGAAUCACCGUCCAUUAAUGGAACUGAGAUUGAAAUCGAACCUCGAGUCAUAGUGGAAGUUCCAUCCACAAGUCCAACGACGCCUCUCUCUUUUUCGCCGAGUGAAUCUGAUGAAAAGUCCAAGCAUUCUUCCAAGAAAAAGACAAAGGAGAAUUAUAUGGAGGUUAUAGAUGGAUUAACUAAACGCAGAGAUUUGCUCAAAGGGGAAGUAGAGAAUGUGAGGAAUCACUACAACAAGUUGAAGGCUUACAAUAUGAAGUUGAAAUCAAUGAAAGAAAAGGCAUUAACAACUUGCCUCAUAAACGAAGGUUCCCAUAUGGGAAUGAGCAGUUUCUUGAAUUUUGAGAUGAAUUUAGCCCAACAUUAUCAAAUUACUGCCGUGCCUCAUCACCAGCCGUUCAUUUUAGAUCAGAUGGCCACAGGGUCAUCAUCAUCAUCGUCACAAAUAAGGGAAAGUAUUCACUACCCAUUUAUCCCAAUGGCACCAUCCAGCAAUGGAUUGGAACAUGUUAAUCAAGUGGGCCCAGUUGGACUUCCUGAUCUGAAUCUUUCUCCUGAAGAGGCUUUUGUGGUGGAACCAUCCCAGCCGUUGGAUGUCAAUAGAGAUCUUGCCGGUAAACGGGCCAGAUUUGCCGAAGCCAGGAGGUUGAGGAGAGGAAUAAUCAAGAUUAAGCUGACGAGAAGUGGUGUAAAGACUCUGCGAAGCAGAUGAUCUUGGCAACCUUUUUUAAUAAAAAAUUAGUUACUGAUUAGUGUUAAUUAGAGUGUAAAUUGGAGAGCUCUAUAAAGAUAAAUUUCCACGUGUUUUAUGAA